CCCCCCCCCUACCCCCACACACACACACAUACACUCACUCAUGUCGAUUCGGAAGGUCUUUGUCGGUGGCAACCACAAGUGCAACGGCAGCGUGACGGCGACCUCGUCGCGUGCACGUCUGCUUGCCGAGGCUGCUCCUGAUCUGCCGUCGUCGGAUGAUGUGGACAUUGUCAUUGCUCCGCCUGCGCCGUACAUUCUGACGACAAAGGCUGUGCUCGAUGAGCAUGGCUCGUCUGCUGCGGUGGCUCUCCAGGACGUUGCCAUUGCUCGUGAAGGCGGCGCUCACACCGGAACCGUGGCGGCUGAUAUGGCCGCCGAUCUCGGUGCUGCUUGGGUCAUUGUCGGCCACUCGGAGCGGAGACAUGUCUACGGCGAGUCGGAUGCCCAUACUCGUGCAAAGAUCGCAGCUGUGCUCGAUGCAGACCUCGGCCUCAUCUACUGCGUCGGCGAGACGCUGGAGCAGCGCGAGGGUGGCGAUGCCUUUGGCCCCGUCGCGGCGCAGAUGGCCGCUCUGUUUGACAACCCUGCCCUCGCUACCAAGCCCGAGCUCUGGGCCAACAUUGUCGUCGCUUACGAGCCCGUCUGGGCCAUUGGCACCGGCAAGGUUGCCUCGCCCGAACAGGCUCAGGAGAUCCACACCCAGCUCCGCGCCGCCGUCGCUGCUGCCACCUCGCCCGACAUCGCCGCCGCCGUCCGCAUCAUCUACGGCGGCUCGGUCAAGCUCGCCAACUGUGCCGAGCUCAUCGCCAUGCCCGACAUCGACGGUUUCCUCAUCGGAGGCGCCUCGCUCAAGCCCGAGUUUGUCGACAUCAUCAAGACAGCCGCCGCCGCUGGCGCCUCCGCGUAG